AUGGUGGAGACAUUUGCUAGUAUAUGGGCAACUACAUCUCUCAAGGCCGACAUUGCAGCAACCGAAGAACUAAUCAAGAGGAGUACUUCUUCCGAAACUAUCAAUUCCCUGACUUCGAACAAGGAACAGCUGAAGAACGCUUUUAAUCAAAUCAAAGUCGAAUAUUGUAACCUACCAGCCCUUGUGGCCUUUCUAUCUUCUGGCGUCAAGGGAUUAAUGAUAUAUCCCACCGACAUACGAGCAUAUACUCCUCUACGGGCCGUAAACUUUCUAUUGGUGACCAGCCACUUAUCUCAGCGCAAUGAAACGAUCUCGGAGCCAAUAUGGAAGAGGACCCAAUCAUAUAUAGUUGGCUUUUUGAAAGCUGUCAUCCAAUCAACAGAAAAAUGGGUACCUCAAGAAUUGAAUCGAUACCACCUAGCCAAGGCUGUCUUCCUCGAUUUCUCGGACUAUCAUAUCUCACGGAAUAUGACAAAAAUCCUCAUUCCCAGGGCAAGAAACUAUAAAGUCAACGACAAACCCUACUUCUGA